GUCCCCCUCCCAGACCAGCAGAGGCAGCAGCCGGAGCAGCCGCAGCCUGCGCCCUCUCCCGCCCGCCCGCCCUCCGCCCGCCCGCCCGCCCUCCGCCGCCCUCCACCCGCCCCGGGGUCUCUUUCCCCUUUCCUCCUCCUCCUCCUCCACCCCCCCCUUCCUCCUCCGCCCGCCCGCGGGGCCCCCCUCGCCUUCCCGCCCGCCCCUAUUGUUCCGCCCCCGGCCUCCCGCCCUUCCCCUUCCCGCCCGCUCCCCUUUUCCCCUCAGUCGCCUCGCGCCUGCAGUUUUUGGCUUUCACCCCCACCAGUGACCAAAGACUUGACCACUCAGCGUCCAGCUCCUUAGAACACUGCUCGACAUGGACACCGGUGUGAUUGAAGGUGGAUUAAAUGUCACUCUCACCAUCCGGCUACUUAUGCAUGGAAAGGAAGUUGGCAGUAUCAUCGGAAAGAAAGGAGAAUCAGUUAAGAAGAUGCGUGAGGAGAGUGGUGCACGUAUCAACAUCUCAGAAGGGAAUUGUCCUGAGAGGAUUAUCACUUUGGCUGGACCCACUAAUGCCAUCUUCAAAGCCUUUGCUAUGAUCAUUGAUAAACUGGAAGAGGACAUCAGCAGCUCUAUGACCAAUAGCACAGCUGCCAGUAGACCCCCAGUCACCCUGAGGCUGGUGGUCCCUGCUAGUCAGUGUGGCUCUCUCAUUGGGAAAGGUGGUUGCAAGAUCAAGGAAAUACGUGAGAGUACAGGGGCUCAGGUCCAGGUGGCAGGGGAUAUGCUCCCCAACUCAACUGAGCGGGCCAUCACUAUUGCUGGCAUUCCGCAGUCCAUCAUUGAGUGUGUGAAACAGAUCUGCGUGGUCAUGUUGGAGACUCUCUCCCAGUCCCCCCCGAAGGGCGUGACCAUCCCGUACCGGCCCAAGCCGUCCAGUUCUCCAGUCAUCUUUGCAGGUGGUCAGGACAGGUACAGCACAGGCAGCGACAGUGCGAGCUUUCCCCACACCACCCCGUCCAUGUGCCUCAACCCUGACCUGGAGGGACCACCUCUAGAGGCCUAUACCAUUCAAGGACAGUAUGCCAUUCCACAGCCAGAUUUGACCAAGCUGCACCAGUUGGCAAUGCAACAGUCUCAUUUUCCCAUGACGCAUGGCAACACCGGAUUCAGUGGCAUUGAAUCCAGCUCUCCAGAGGUGAAAGGCUAUUGGGCAGGUUUGGAUGCAUCUGCUCAGACUACUUCUCAUGAACUCACCAUUCCAAACGAUUUGAUUGGCUGCAUAAUCGGGCGUCAAGGCGCCAAAAUCAAUGAGAUCCGUCAGAUGUCUGGGGCGCAGAUCAAAAUUGCGAACCCAGUGGAAGGAUCUACUGAUAGGCAGGUUACCAUCACUGGAUCUGCUGCCAGCAUUAGCCUGGCUCAAUAUCUAAUCAAUGUCAGUUUAGAAAACGCUAAACCCUCCUCCCAGGCAGCCUCCGUCACGAUCCCUGAUCACCUCAGCAUCAACCUCUCUCAACCCUCCACCCCUUCUUCUUCUUCUUCCUCCUCCACCACCACCCCCUCGCUCGCCACAGCGGGGACCUCCGACGCACCCUCCAGCCUCCCCAACCCUCUUCCGACCGCCCCUUGUGUCUCCAGUCUGCUUGGCAUGAAACCCAUCCCUCUCCUGGCUCUAAAUGUUGUGUCUGCUGCUAAGGGUGCCGGGGCUUCAGCUACCACCGCCACCACCUCUGCCGUGCCAUGUGUAACUAACAAACUGAAAAGCGAGAAACAGAGAUUCUCUCCCUACUGAUUGCAUAUAUCUUGGGGCACCCCCUCAAGUAGUUGUUUUUGUUUUUGUUUUUGUUUUCCCUUUGUUAACAUUGGUGAGAACCAAACUAUUGUGAGCUUGUGACCGUUUCCUUUUUACUGUUUUGGGGGAUAACAGGGUGGGGGCAGGGGCAAUGGUAAACUGUUUAGGUUUAGGCCGUUUCCGCUUGAGUGCCUGUUUCAGAGUCUGACUUGUUGAAUUCUUUAUCUAGAGCCACAGUUCUUGCUCUUCUUUCUCAUUCUGUUACUUUUUUGUAGCUUUAUUCUGCCUUGCAAUAUAACAAUGUUUUAGGCUCUGUGUUAAUGAAUAAAAGCUUCUCCAUUAACCUUUUUUUUUUUUUUUUUUUUUUAAAUUUCAUGGUUAUCAACCAGCCUUCUUGGCCAGAUUUGUGUUUCUAGCUGUAAUAAAGUUGCCACAGUAAGAACCUUAGUUGACUGUGCUGUGAAGGAAAGAAGUUAUUUCUUUACCCAGAAUGGGGAAGCAAGUUGGGAAAAGUCUAAUAAAGUUUGCCGGCUUCUGUCUGCAUUCCUCUGAACUAGUACUACCCCUCUCCCUGUGACAUUGGAUAAAUUUUGAACAACCAAUGGGUGACAUUGCCUCAAAUUUGGCAGGAUUCUGUCCAGUUAUCCUAAGUCAACCCUGAUUACUCAACCAGGUCCUUUUACCCUUUUAUUCUAUUCCCCGCCUACCUUUGUCUCCCCACCAACCCUGUCAUAAUUAGAGGAUUAAGACCUAGAUUUGGAAGGGACCUUUAAGAUCAGCUGUAACUCAUUGAUUCACUUUAUCAGAUUAAAGAAAUAGAGGCUCCGGGAGAAUUUAAAUUUGCAGACCACAUGAGUGAGUAGUCAGGACUAGCAAUUUGUGCUUUACAUUUACUCAGUCUUCUAAGAUUGUGCUUGAUCUCCCUGAAGCCUCAUUCUUUUUCGUAUCCCAAGAUCUCUCUCUGUAAAAGAGUAGGAAUGCCGCAGGUAAAAUGGUGGAAGGGCUCUGAUAGUUUCCAUUCAGCCUGAAUGCGUAUUGCCAGGGUAAUGAAAGUAUGAUGCUCUUCCCAGGACUUAGAAAACCAGUGUGGAGAUUUUUUUCCUGGUGACCUUUUCCCAUAUCCCCUUUGGCUUACAUUGUUUAAAAAACAAACAACAAAAAAAAACCUAAUUAUAUUGCAAUAUAUUAACUUUUGGUAUCGUGGUCCCUCAGUCUCAUAUUGGGGCUGUGAAUAAGUGUUACAUGUCCCAAGUCUGCAUGAAGGACUAGGGGGGCAAAUUUCAUUGUCCAGAUAGGGUUUUUCUUGUUGGUUGCUAGAUGCUCCUUUAUCGUGUGGUCCAGCUUUCCUUAGUAAGCUCUUUUUAUAUCUUGCUGAUACCAUCUCCCCCAGAAACCUGGUUUUUAUUUUAUCUAGUUCUUGAUUUUAGAAGGCCUCUUUACCUAAUGAGUACUCCCUAAAGGAUUGCUUGGAAGGAAGUCAGAUGUUUUAAGGGCUGACCAAAAUCACCGCAUCCAAAGGUACUUCUUGGUGCUCGAUUUUUUAGUAGCUUACAGCUCCCCCAUGUGGUCCUUCUAUUCUGGAGUCCUUAACACAGUAUUUCUGGUUGGGUUUUCCCUUCUCCUUGCCCCCUCUCCCUGCCACCCCCAAUUCCUGCCCAGGCUUUGUAUAAAUUCUGGACUAUUCUUUUUGAGUUCUUUUUGGUGCCAGAGUGCCACCACCUUCUUACAUUAACUUAGUGUUUUUUAGGUCCUAGAUCUAAACUGUUUGCGGCAGCUCCUUUCCUCAACCUUCAGUUCCCACUAAACUCUUUGAUUCAGGGUCUGUUGUUUACGCUGCUCUAAAUCAUCCCAUUUUGAGGUUGGCAAGAACCUACCCCCUUUAAGAACUAUUUUCCUUUAUGCUGAGGUUACAAUAGCAUUUCUGACUUGAAACUAAAUGCAGUUUGUAGUUGAAGGACCUAUUUCCUGCCCUUCCCCCACCCCCUUGCCCCUGCCUUCCUGGCCAGUUUUUGGAUUUGCGUUAUUCUGGAAGAGAUGCAAAUGCUCUCUUGACAUGAAUGCCAGUAAAUUUAAAAUCUUUAUGAAAUAAAGUUAUAAACUCAGGGGCUUCCCUGGUGGUCCAGUGGUUAAAACUCCACGCUUCCACUGCAGGGGUGUGGGUUCGAUCCCUGGUUGGGGAAGUUCUGCAUGCCAGGAGGUGCGGCCCAAAAAAAAAGUUAUAAACUGAGACUGGGUCUUACACAUUUAGUUCUGUUCAAAAUAGGAGCUAAGUCCUGCUGGCUACCUAAUAUCAGUGAAGCAGGCUGAUCGCCGAACAUCUAAAGACCUUUCCUUCAAAGCCCAAAAUUGGAUUCCAGGACCUCAAAUAGUCUAUUUGAAACAGGCAUUGUAGCCAGGUAUAUUUGGAUGGAGAAUUUGGCUUAACAGGACCACAAAUUGGGGAGCUUCUAGAGUGAGCUAGGGAGGUGCUGAAAACAAAUUGUUUUGACUUCCACUUAAAAUCUUGAAAACUAGGUCUAAAAACUAUAGGUUGGGUAUAAUUCUUGACCCAUACUUAACACUUGCUGCUCCCUCUUUAACAUGCCUUAGUGUUUAAAACUCAAGCAUCUCUUAAUAGUAAUAGUCUUCACAUUGAUGGAGAAACCUGGGACUGUUCUAUCAGUAGCUUGGGAGAAGCUAAAAUAAGCUGGGCAGUAAAGAAACAGUUUGUGUAUAUUGUGACCCUCUAAGGCUUUUGUGUGUGUGUGUGUGUGUGUGUGUGUGUGUGUGUGUGUGGUAUUUUCCGAGAGUGCUUAACAUCUCCCCCAAAGAUUCUAUAGAGCGUAGUUUGAGGGAUACCCACAAUUAAUAACCAAGGUCCUCAAUUUCCCUUGGUUGUGAGGUAAUUUGCCUCAGGAAGCUUGGAUUGCAGGGGUUAUAGGACCAUGGUACUGAUUAAUCCAGAAAGUCUUUAAAAUGUCUCCCUUGAUACUGAAGCAGAUUAUGUACUCCUUCACAUCUCAUCAACCAGGCUAAAAGUUUUGGAGGUGAGGUACUGCUGGGCACUCAGAAAACUAACUUCGAGUUUUUUUUGUGUGUGUGUUACAGGCUUUCCUCGGAGACGGGUGGCAUGGGGAGCAGCUAGAACAAUGCAGAUUCAUCCAUAAUCCCUUUCUGCUGUUCACCAC